AUGGCAUCCAACACGCUGGCUGAAGAGGCCAUAUCUAGCGACACCACAGAGCCGGGCGAGAGCCCUCUUAUCACCACCGUCGGGCACUUUGCCGAUGUCAAGAACGUUGUCAACACCAUCCAACCCGUCGCGACCGGUCCAUGCGAGGGAUACACCCCGAAGACAAACGAGGACCCAACCACCGAAAUAUGCGACAGGAACUCAGACGCAGACACAAGCACAAGCACAAAUAUCGUCGCAAACACAGUCUCAGUCCCAGGCACAAACACACAUACCGUCGCAGAGACAGCCUCAGACCCAAACCCGGGCACGGAUCCGAACCAGACCAUUGCGGCCCUACUCGAAAUCGCCACUCGACACUACCGGUAUGCCUUACAACGCGACCAGCGUAUCCGUUCCUCUCCCACUCCCUCUCGCCAUGCCGGCGCCGGCGUCAACAACUCGCACACGACGAAUUCGCGCCGCCGCUCUCCCAAAAGUCAGUACGUCGACGGCACCCCCCACACCUUUGAAAUCCCGACCGCAGCAAGAACCGCAGCCGGAACCGCUCCUCGACCUGGAGCCACUGCCCUCCCUCGGCCCGAUCCUCCUUCCGCCGCCGUUGCCACCUGGCACAGCCCCGCCACGGGCCAAGCUGGCCGUGCAGCUCAAGGUCAACCUCGAGAUUGA